AUAUCUUGUCAUUUUGUAGCGGAGGCUAGAGGCAGUAUAGAAAACUUGAAGAGGGCAUGCCGGAGUCUUCAGAAUUUAACACAGAAUGUUUUGGACGAAGAAAAGGAGAUGCAGGAGCUAAUAAGUAAGGCGCAACUAUCGAACGUACCCACAAAGAGGUUUUCUUCUCAUGUGAGGUGGGAUUUUCGUAAGGUCGAAGGUUAACCCCUGGGCAUUAUAACUCUUGUUCCAAACUGGAAACCGCGUCUCUGGUACCCAGAGUCGUACUUUUGAAAGUGUUUAUAGAUCCCAGAUGGUCGUCAUCCCCUCCCACCUUACCUUUAUUAAAUAAAUAGUUCUGUAUGUUCUUUUUCGUGCAGUUUAAGGGAUUCUACGGGUGGAGGAUCGAGGCGAAGUGUCUUGGGGUUCGGACCUCGCUUUAUAGCACCCAUUAGUUAAUAGAUUAUUUUGCAAAAUUGGUGCAAAAAGGAUGACAUACAACAUUCUGGAGGUGUUAAAAAAAAAACCCAGUGCGAAACACUUCCUCUUAUCACGCGCUUUGCCUCAAAUAAAGUUUUUCAAGAACACAUGUGAACAUAUUUACAAGGAUGGACAUUAAUCAAGGGUAAACUAGUAGAGGACGGUAAAAUAGUUCUAACCUUAACACAAGUUUGGAACCACUCUCCUGGAUCCCCCACCGAGUGAUUUGUAUGUGUAAUCAAAUGGUGAAUGGGAAUAAUUUCACGAGUAUACCAUUUGAUUACCUAUUAAUAUCAUGGGUGACGAAUUACGUUAGCAAUCUUGGAUUUUUGACAUGUUUAUCCUGGAUCGUAUCGAUCGAGAACUCCACUCUCUCAAAUGUUUAGACCUUAAAUUUGGCUUAUAAAGUUCAUAAUUUUUCAGACUUUUUCGGAAAAAUACAUGUUAGAAUCCUUCUUGAUGUUCUCUUGUGUGUUCAGAUUUUCUAAAGCGUCUUUUUUUAAAACUUCGUCGCCAUCUUGACACUGAGACGUACGGAAGGUUGCCGUGGCAAUUUUGUAAUUUCACAUGUGAAAUUACAAAUUAACGCUGAAAUUUCGCGCCAAAAUUAAGGAGUAAUUCGUCACCUAUGAUAUUAAAGAACAAACAUAAGCGUGUGAUAAAAAAACUUUCUCAUUUCUUUCAAAUGGAAGAUUUACUUCAGGAGCGUAAAAUGAAAUUAAGGAGAGCUUUGUCAGAGAAUGAGAAUGUGGACGCGUUCGUUGAAGAACUGAGAGGUAUGUACUGACAGAUGUCGCUUUUGGAUAGUUGUGAUAGUUACACACCAUUCUUUUACAGGCUUACUAACGAUAGUUAGGAGGGGAGACAAAUUUCACAAAUUUUGCCUUUUACCUUUUUGAGAGCCCUUCAGGCCUAGGCCAAACGUCGAACUUUUCAUGAGACGAACCAAACUUAGUGAGUUAUGUUCAUGAAAAGUUCGACGUCUGGCUCAGUUAAGUUCACCUGAAUGAGUUUGGAUCGUCCAAGUCUGAAGAUCGUCUCCGGUACAGACGUCCAUUUUCACAUGUGACGAACUAAACUAAUAAAUAAAAAAUUUGUAUGAUAAUGUAUAGUUAGCUUCGUUCGGUCGCGUCUUGGUCUGUAUCAGUUAAUUGGUUCGAUCGACGCGUCGACGUCGAAGUUCGACUUCUGACCCAACAGACCAUCUGACUUAGGUCGACCCAGAGGGAAAGAUCUAUUGUUAGGGCACUUACCAUAUUGCAAAGACAUAAUAAUUCUUUUGCACCAACUAAUUCUUGAAAGGUACGCCGUGAGCUUCCAGAACCCAUCUGGAUCCCUUUUUUCAUCAGUGACGUUUGCUGUUACAGUACUUCAGUCAGUCUUGUUUUGAUGAGGCCGCAAAAUUCAUGCUCGGUGAACGACAAUGAACUUUGAUCAGGGCUCGUACCACCUUCCCCCAAUUUAUGCCGGAACAAUUCAGUUUGCAGCCUAAUCAAAACGGGAAAACGAAUAACAGUAAAUGUCACUGAUAAAGGGAUCCGGAUGGGUUUCGAAAGCUCUGCGUAACCUUCCAGAAUCUGUUGGUUUUAAAGUAUAUUUGUUUUACUUGUAAAAUACCUUUUGGGGUGUUGACUAUUUGCCUGCAGUUUCAAAUAAGCAUGGAAAAGGUGUGGAUAACAAUGGACGCCCGUUGUUCAAGAGGGUUACAGGUAUGGAAAACGCGCACAAACCAAACAUUUGUUCUUAUUUCGAUUCAGAAUCGAUAUUAUCAGUGGAAUACCUUAACUUGUAAUGCUCCCAAUUAGAGAAUUCCGUGGGUAGAUCAUUAUAUGAAUUUGGCGAUGUUAGGGAAUAUAUAUAUAUAAGAAAAUAGAUGGAGAGCGGAAAGUAAUAUUUAUAGCAUUGUAAAAAAACCCCGCAAAAUAAACGCCUUGAAAUAGUUCAUUUGGCCGGAUUGCAUGCCUAAGACUAGAAAAUUUGGACAAUAAAUGAGAAUGUCAUGCGGCACAAGAAGACUUCUACUAAAUGAUAUUAAUAUUCAUUUAGAGCAAUCAUAGUUUGCAGAAUGAGCUCUUAUGUCACGCCUUAAACUGCUCAUUGAAUCUCAAUCGCUCAAUUUCCUUAUAAAGACAUAUGAUUUAAAGAUAAAAUUAAAAUUCGUUUCUUCCCUCCAGGUCGACUGCUCGAAUUGACCAGAAAAACCAAAAAGAAGAAAAAGAAAAUGCAAAAUCGACAAAAAUCGACGCCGGACCAAAGUGAUUUGUUUUCACUGGAUGAUACAGGUGAUGUAUACUUCAGUCAGAUCUUUUUUUCGAGUUGAAUAUUAAAGUCAUUGGAAGCUAUCGUUUCAAAAUAUAUAGCAAUCAUUAUCAUUAUCACUUUUGUUAUAGUUUUUUUCAAUAUCGUUAUCUCGGUCAUUGCCAUUAUUGUUAUCGCUAUAUACAUCAUCAUUAUCAUCGUUGCCACUAUCGUUAUCGUAAUUGUUAUCUUAGAUCUACCCGGCGUUAUCAUUACGGCUGUCAUCAUUGUCGUUAUACACUGCUGUUGUUGUUAUCAUUUAAAUGUUAUCGUUAUCAUAAAAUCCGUGGCAAAAAUCCACCAGGGGUUAGUUUGAGAAAACUUGUACAAGUGUAGUUAUUGUGUACAGUAUCUAAAACAAUGGCUACACUUAUUAAUUACACUUGUAAAAGUUUCAUAAAAUUGCUUCCAGAAGUAGCUGAGACUAAUUGUCUUGUACAACCGUACAACCUUUAAUCGUUCACUUGAGCUCUUGCCAAAAUGCCGAUACAUGAUCAUAAGUUCAGUUUUCUUCGUUAUUAGAAGGAGAGAUGCCAAGUUUAAAUGAUUCCGAGGAAUACAUCGCCCAGGCAGAAGAUCGUAGAGCAGAGCACAGGCCUCCCAGGCGACAGCUAGGCAACAAUGGGGCAGGAAUUGGUAAGAAGGAGAAGAAAACCUUUUUUAAAAAAGUUUAAUCUAAGCCAAGAACUGAACAAAGACGUUCCUAAUGAGCAGGGUUCUUUUUUUUUUAAACAAAAUUCGGUGUGCACAAUAUUUUGUAGAACACCUCUUUGUCCAAUAUUAUUUUGUGUUUUGCAUGAUCAUGAGUUCAGUUUUCUUCGUUAUUAGAAGCAGAGAUGCCAAGUUUUAAAAAUUUCAAUGAUUCUGCGGAAUACAUCUCCCGAGCAGAAGAUCGUAGAGCUGAGCACCGGCAUCCCAGGCGAAAGCUAGGCAACUAUGGGGAAGGAUUUGGUAAGGAAAAAAACCCUUUCUUGAAAGUUGAAUCUAAACCGAGAACAAAGACGUUCCUAAUGAGCAGUGUUAUAUUUUUCUUAUCAAAAUUUAGUGUGCAAGACUUUUGUUGUAGACUCUCCCUCUUUAUCCAAUAUUGGUUUUCAUUAAAUAAAAUCGUUGGAUGUCCUUUCGGAGUCUUUUUGUUUUGUCUCUUUAUAUGGUGUAAGUUUUUUUUUAAAUUUACAACUUUCUUCAUUAUUGCCUUAUUUCCCAUACUUCCUACAUCUUGCCGUUUCACCGAAAUGCUUCGCGAGGUCCUAAUCUUAGAUCUUUCGUUAUCAUUGUGCCUGUCAUCACUGUGGUUAUCACUAUUGUUGUUGUUAUAGUAAAACCCGGGAAAAAAUUCACCAGAACUAGCUGAGGUAAUGUCCAUAGGCGUACGGGCCGGAGGGGCGAGGGGGGCUGUAGCCCCCCAAAGUUUUGGCAACUCAGAUUUUUUGGGCAGCGAGAGGAAAUUUGGGCAAAGCCAGUUUUUAAAGGACGUCUCCAUGUUCAUUUAAUUAUUUUAAAGACCUGAAUAUUAACCUGAAGUAGGCGUAAUAAUCCAGUUACAUUACAGUGGUUGCUUAGCAUGUGAUGAGUAAUUUACAUAUUUGCAGUUUUUUUUUUUUUUAUGGGCACUAUACUGCACUGCACUAGCUGGAAUGGGCUAUUUCCAGUCGAGAAUUGAUUAAAAUAAACUUUCGCAUAACUUUCUAGAAUCAUCUCCACUCGAAGAACAGUGUAUGGCAGAUAGCAUUUAGCAAUGGGUAUUGCCUGCAUAGCAAGCGUUUCCGCGCGAUUUCGACUGAAAACGCUUCAAUGGGUAUGAAAAUGAAGAAGUGGCUGACUAAUUCUCAGUUUGAAUUACGAGAAGAAUCUUAAUUCUUUUAAAAAAAUCUAUCGAGCGGUUUCAAAUUAUUCGCUGAUUUGAUAAAGUAGACCGAAAUGUUUACAAAACUGCUAACAAGAGUGUCUCGAUACAUACCAAUCAAAUCCUUCUUUCGAUUCUAGCAAUCAAGCAGAGCUAUCUCCACGAUCUUUCACACAUGUUUUUAAAAAGAUUAAAACUACUAUGAGGUGAAAUUGCAGGACAAAAGCGCUUCGUUUUCUACAGAUAACGGCCAAAAAUCAAGAUUUUCCUUUUCUUACCGUAUUUCUAAUAAUAAAAACUUCAUUGCAAAAUAUCUCGAUAGCGCUCCCAAGGUUUUGCUUAAACUUCACGAACAUCGAGGCGAACGUAUUGGAGAAAAAAGCUCCUGUAAACGAUUUUGUAAGGUUCCCGUGCAGAGAAUCAUUGCUGAAGUAAAAUUGGUAAUGGAGUCAUUUCGUUGCUAUGACAACUCCGAUGUCAUUGCAACCCUGAUAAUGCCAAAUUUUCAUCUUAAUACCACUGUGGUCGCAGUUUUUCUAAAUGUUUGUUUAUGGCGACGUAGUUUAUGCUCAGACUUGGUAUUGACCCUGAAAAACUGUAUCGAGCCACCUUCAUAUGCCAGGACGGCCUAUGUUGUUGCAAUAUGGCCCUCAUUUCUUUUCGACUCUUUCGUAAAAAUUUGGGCAACUCAGGAGAUUUUUUGGGCAAAUGGUUUACCGCCCCCCCCCCCACUGGCAAAAAAUUUCCCGUACGCCUGUGGUAAUGUCUUUUACAACCCAGCAAACUUUGAUCGUUCACUUUAGAUCGUUCUAAAAUGCAAAUGCAGGAUCAUAAGUUAACUUUGCUUCGUUCUAGAAUCAAGGAUUCCAAGGUUUGAAAAGUCCGAUGAUUCUGUGGAAUAUAUCUCCCAAGCAGAAGAUCCUGAAUUAGAGCACCGGUCUCCCAUGCGAAAGCUUUGCAACUGCAGUGGGGCAAGAUUUGGUGAGAAUUAA